UUCUCUAAUUCCCUUUAGCUGUAUAAUCCAAAUCCACACAGGACUUAACCAAUCAUUGUCAUACAUAUUAAUAUUUUUUAUAGUGCCAAAUUCAGAUUUUUAUUUCUUACACCACAUAUAGCAAUAACAACGAUAACAAAAAAAAGCGUUGUUGUUGCUUAGAUUAUUCUUCUCAAACGAUCGAAGAAAAUUCAGAAUGGGGAAUACGUUCUGUUUAUUCUGCGGAUGCGUCGAACAGUCUAGCGUCGGUGUUGUUGAACAGUGGGGUCGUUUUCACCGAUUGGCUCAACCUGGUUUCCAGUUCUUCAACCCCCUCGCCGGUGAAUGUCUCGCCGGUAUUCUCUCCACUCGUAUCGCCUCCCUCGACGUCAAAAUCGAAACCAAAACCAAGGAUAAUGUUUUUGUGCAGUUGUUGUGUUCGAUUCAAUACCGCGUGGUUAAGGAAAAUGCUGAUGAUGCUUUUUAUGAGUUGCAAAACCCUCAGGAACAGAUUCAGGCUUAUGUUUUUGAUGUGGCUCGCGCUAUUGUUCCGAAGAUGAAUUUGGAUGAGUUGUUUGAGCAAAAAGGUGAGGUUACCAGAUGUGUGUUGGAGGAACUUGAAAAGGUGAUGGGAGAAUAUGGAUAUAGCAUAGAACACAUACUGAUGGUCGAUAUUAUACCCGAUCCUUCGGUGCGGAGGGCAAUGAAUGAGAUUAAUGCAGCUCAAAGGAUGCUACGCGCUAGUGAAUUCAAAGGAGAAGCUGAAAAGGUGCUUAUAGUUAAAAAGGCAGAAGCAGAAGCUGAAUCAAAGUACUUAGGCGGGGUUGGUGUGGCAAGACAGCGACAAGCUAUCACGGAUGGAUUAAGAGAGAACAUCUUGCAAUUCUCUACCAAGGUAGAAGGAACCUCGGCAAAGGAAGUGAUGGAUCUUAUCAUGAUUACUCAGUACUUUGACACAAUCAGAGACCUUGGGAACUCUUCAAAGAAUACCACAGUUUUUAUACCUCAUGGACCUGGCCAUGUUAGGGAUAUCUCUAAUCAAAUUCGCAAUGGAAUGAUGGAAGCAUCAUGUGCUCAAGUAACUGAUGUUGAUGAGUAAAUUUGUAAAAUUGCCUUUUAUCACACAUAUAGUACUACAGAUGAUAUUAAUGUUUGGAUAUAUAAUAUGUUUCUGUUGGAUUUUAAGUACAAUUUUGAAAAGUUAUAAGUUGUAAUUAAGUUGGUUGUGUUGUUCUAUACAAUCUCUGCAGCCAUGCUAUACAUUCCUUGAGUGAUUUUGUAAAAUUGUCUUUUGUCAAA